GACGAGGUGAAAACCAAGUGGAGUGUGUCGGAUUUCAUCCGAGCGUUCAUCAAGUUUCACGGCCACGUCUACCUGAGUAAGAGUCUGGACAAGCUGGACCCUCUGAGGGAGAAACUGGAGGAGCAGUUCCAGAGGCUGAUUCUGCAGAAAGCCUUCAGCUCGCAGCAGCUGGUCCACAUCACUGUCAUCAACCUGUUCGAGCUCCACCACCUGAGGGAGCUGACAGCCGACGGAGGAGAGCCGAACUUCAGCUGCGAGCAACAGAUCAGCUGGUUCCAGCUGUUGGGCCUCUUCAUGUCCUUCCUGGGCGUGAUGUGCAGCAGAGUUUUGCUUAACAAGAACCGGGGCGAGGACGUGAUGGGGGAGUGUCCUCUGCCGGCCAUCAAGCUGUCUCUGGACUGGAUCAGACUGAGACCCAGCGUCUUCCAGGAGCCCGCUGUGGACAAGAGGAAGUACGUGUGGGCGUGGCUGGUGUCCAUUCUGAACAGCUUCCAGCCCAAAGAGGACAACGUGUCCUGCUCCUCAGGGACGCCGCUCCCAGAAGAGUUCGAGCUCCAGGGUUUUUUGGCUCUGCGACCCGCUCUGAGGUGUCUGGACUUCACUAAAGGCCAUCAGGGGAUCCUGGUGGACCGGGACGGGCUGCCGGUCCAUGCCCGGCAUCAGAGGCUCGUCGGUCUGGGGAAAUGGGUGGCCGACACCCAGCCGAGGCUGAUCCGGUGCCAGGUCAGCGAGGACGGCCUCCUCAUCUUCAUCACGGACAUCCCAGAGGAGGCCAUCGAAGAGCCGCAGGACAAGGAGGCACCGGUCCUGCAGGAGUCCUCCAAUGGGGAGCAGACCCAGAGUGACUGCGGCAGCUCGGGCCUGAAGUCGGUUCUGUCCGCAGGGAAGAGCCCGAGCUCGUGGUCCGACUGCAGCGAGCGGCCCGUCGUCACCUUCAAGGAGAACAUCAAGCCCAGAGACAGCCGCGAGCCCGCCCGGAACCACCUGCCGAAGGAUGCAAGCAAGGAGCGCAGGGACGUCCUGAAAGCAUCCGGACCUGCCGGCGCCGGGAAAGGAGAGCUGAAGAAAGACGGGAAGAGGAAGACUGAGAUGAAGAAGAGCGGUCCGGAGAAAACCCUGGACCCUGGAAAACAGGUGAAUGUCCAGACGGAGCUGAGGAAGACUCCAGUCUCUGAGGUGAAGAAGACUCCAGGGACUCAGACCACCGGCUCGUCCCAGUUCAUCCCCAUCCACCACCCCGGAGCCUUCCCUCCCCUGCCCAGCAGACCCGGUUUCCCUCCUUCAGCCUAUGUGAUCCAGUCCCCGGUGGCCUUCCCAGGUCUUCAGGUGAAUCCAGGGUUCACCUUCUCCACAGGGGUCGCCGUUCCCGGACCUUUCCUGCAGGCGGGGGCCCAGGUCCAAGGCGGGAAGCAGUCUCAUAUUCCCUACAGUCAGCAGAGACCUUCUGGACCAGGAUCCUCGGGCCCGGGGCUCAUGAACCAGGUGCCCUCCCAAGCCCAGCAGCAGCCAGGUCAGCUUCAGGUCCAGGUCCAACAGUCACCCACAAAACCGGUCCAGCCGGUCGGGAUGGGAAAGAGUCCUCCUCACCACCCGGGUCUGCAGCAGCAGUUCAUGCAGGUCCAGGAUCAGCCGGCUCAGAUGUGGACCCAGGCCCAGGCGGCCCUGCAGAAGAUGUCCCCCCUGCAGAUGUCCAUGAAGCAGCCCCAGCAGCAGUUCUACAUGGGGACCCAGGACCCCCUGAAGCUGUACGAACAGCAGCUGCAGCCUCCGGUCUCCAGUAUGGACAAGAAGAUGAAGUUCCCCGACGUCAAGGUGCCAGACUUCUACUGGGACUCCUACGUGAUGGGGGACAGUCUGGCCCUGAUGGCUGAGAGGAUGAAGAGGCCCCUGCAGGGUGGGGUCUGUGCCGAGCAGGAGAGCCCCGUGGGGCCCCGUGGACCCACGUUUGAGCUGCCAAACCAGACGAGGAUGGAGAGCGGCUCCGAGGGCGUCGGCCCAUCGUCUUCUCUGCUGCCGAUGACCGGGUUCCCCAUGCAGGAGUACAACCAGAACAGCAUCUUCAGUCAGGCUUACGGGAAGAACCUGCCCCCCAGCUCCAAACCUGACGCUCCCAUGAUGCAGCAGGAGCCGUCCCUCUACUCCCUGUUCGAGGGGACUCCGUGGUCCCCCUCCCUCCCCGCCAGCUCAGACCACUCCACCCCAGCCAGCCAGUCCCCCCACUCCUCCAACCCCAGCAGCCUGCCCUCGUCCCCGCCCACGCACAACCAUGGAACCAUGCCCUUCUCAAACUUUGGACCCAUUGGGACUCCGGACAGCCGGGACCGUAGGGUGGUGGACCGCUGGAAGGCUGAGAAGCCCGGAACCUUCGGUUUGGACUUCCUGCAGGCCGCAGCCUCGUCCUCACCGUCUGACACCAGCUGGCACCAGGCCAGCUCCACAGAUAGCUCCUGGACCAAUCAGGAGUCUCCGAUGGAUGAGUCGUCCUCCACCGUGCUGCUGGACAGCCUGAAGUCCAUCUGGUCCCGGUCCAUGAUGCAGCCGGGCCCAUCGGCGCUGGAGCAGCUCCUCCUGCAGCAGAAGCAGAAGCAGCAGCGAGGUCACGGCACCAUGAACCCGCCUCACUGAAGCUCGGCCUGACGCGGCGCUUUGAGUCGAACCGGAGGUAAAAAAAACCCCCAGAACAUCCAGAAGUUUGACCAGCUCCAAUAAAACACCAACGGUGGAUACUGGGGGGGCGACGGGACCCCCGACGAGGCUGAACCACCACCCACACCCCCCUCGGCUGUUCGAGGAGCGGGGGCGCCACUCCUGGAUCGGAGGAGGCGGGAUCUCUUGAACCGCGGGGCCGUGCUGGUGCCGGCUUCCCUUCAACCGGCGGAAACCUGAACUUUGAGGACCCCCCCUGGUUUUUGACAGACGCCUCAUCAGAAAAUCUUCAUCUAUGAAAAAAAACGGACC